AACUUGUCCUUUCUCUUCGCCUUCUUCUUCUGUCUGGGUUCGGUCAUGUAUCAGCUCUUCGGGCCCGCCCAAGUAGCUCGCGAUAUUCUCAGCGGCUGUCUGGCCCUCCUACCCGAUUUUAUCCACACGCCCUCUACGGUCUCGCCGGUCCUGCCUUCGUCGCUUUCGCAUUUACCGCACCGCUCGCUGAUUAUUGGCAUCGCUUCCCGUUACCACCAACACGAUCGGCGGCAGCGGAUUCGGCGGACUUGGCGUAAGUUGGCGGCCAAUUUCGCGGAUUCCGUCGAGGUGUUCUUUUUCUUUCCCGAGCGUCCUUGCGAGCUUGACCCGUAUUGGCGGGUGCGUGACAGUUUGUGCGUGCCGUGGCACGUGUUUGUGCCCGUGAGUCUCAGUGACACGGCACCUAUUCGCCCCAGUCGGGUUCAACCAUCGCAGGUGCGGCCGGGGCGCCCGUAUGACGGCGUAGGUUUCCAUUUGAAGUUCCCCAUCGCCGUCCAACAGAUCGGGAUCGCUCAAAAGGCAUUACGACAAUGGGCCAGGGCGUUUCCUGAGGAUCCUGGGCGGAAUCUGACGGUACAAUUAUUGGAACCGGCCACUCGGGAUGUGAUCUUGUCCGUGAAUUUUAGUCAAGAGGUCUUGGCGAAGGCCAAUGCGGACGAUGGUUUCUUCUAUGCGCCUUUGCCGCACACGGAUGAAGAACUGUUUCCCCGCCAUUUUGAAGGGGUCCUUCGAGUGGUUCAACCGGAAUUGUCGCUUAAUCAGAGUCUGGCCUGCAACUUGAUUUGGAACAAGAUGUUCGGCGAUGAUGGGAUUCUACAUUUAACCACCUUGUACGCCCAAGGGAUAUCGAUACCGUUUCAUCCUGAGACCUGUCCAUUGGUCUCUUUAGUCUACCGCAUUCCUGAGCUUGUGGAACUCAAGCAAGUGGUCAAUUCCCACGGCACCCAGAACAAGUGCCAAGAUAACAAGAAUAAGAACACCCUUGGCAAGAUUGUGGAAGAAAUCGAGGACCAUGAAGACAUCAUUUUCGUGCCCGAGCUCACGGAUACUCAAGAGAACGUGCCCUUGGCGUUCUUGCACUUUGCCAAAUUGGCAUUGGAGCGCUAUAAUUUCGAUUUUAUGUUGGUCAAUCCGGACGAUUCGUUCAUUGCCAUUGAUCGACUUCUCCCGAAACUUCAAAAUGAGUUCAGUUUAAGUUGGCGGAGCCGUUUCCAUCAAGGAGAGCCUGUGAUUCGCUACGGGUCCAUGUUUGAACGCAAUUACAUGGGCACCCAUUACCCUUUGAUGCCCGCAGAUGCGGGCUCCGUACUCAGCCGGGAUCUAGUAACCUUCUUGGCUCGGAACUCGGACUUGCUGGUACCUUUCAGAGAUUUGAGUUCGUCCUUGGCGGUCUGGCUGGCUUCCAUAUCGCCUUAUAUUAUCGACGAUGUGGAUUUCACGGAUGAUAAUCAAACUUGUGCCAAGAAUCUCGUGGUUCAAGGACCCUUCCGAGAUAAGGCCUCUAUGAACGGGGCCUGGAAGGCCUACUCGCAAUGUGGUCGCCUUUGUCCGUGCUCUUGAGAUUAACCCUACCACUUUUUUUCAUCCCAUUAUCCUUAGAUCCGAGUAGUCCCUUUGAAAGUUAAACCUUUUAAGGGGGCUCGGAUGCAAAUUUGUAGAUAUAACUUUUUUUAUUAUUAGACUCUCCUUUUUAGUUGAAGUAAUGUCUUAGAAACAUAUCAUAUUUAACAAAAUUAGCGUUCUUUUUUAAGUUGAAGUUGAAUUGUUUCUCUGAUUGGUUUACCUUCCUAACCUUCAAAUGGCAAUUGGACCAACACAACACAUUGCGUCACCUACUAAUACAUUUUUUAUCCUUUUCGU